AUGUAUCCCAAGGCACUCCUCGCGGUUCUCCUAGGCUCCGGCCUCGUUUCAGCACAGCUGAACACACUGGCUGUCAGAGCUGGCUUGGCUUACUUCGGAACCGCAGUGGACGAGCGACGGACAACCAGCGAUGCCACCUACAUGUCGAUUGUCAACAACACCAACGAGUUUGGAUCUUUGGUCCCUGAGAACGGACAAAAAUGGAACAGCAUUGAGCCUAGCCAAAACACAUUCUCCUUCACCCAAGGAGACAUUAUUCCAAACAUCGCCAAGGCCAAUGGUCAAAUCCUGAGAUGCCACACUCUUACUUGGCACUCGCAGCUCCCCAACUGGGUCUCCAGCGGUACAUGGACCCGGGCAACCCUGACUGCUGUCAUCGAGACACAUAUUGCCAACACAUUGAAGCAUUAUCUUGGCCAGUGCUACGCCUGGGAUGUCGUCAAUGAGGCAGCCGCAGAUGAUGGAAGCUGGCGUACCAGUGUCUUUUACAACACCCUGGGCACCGACUACCUGCCCAUCUCUUUCAGGGCUGCUCGGGCUGCUGACCCCAACACCAAGCUGUACUUGAACGAUUACAACUUGGAAUACAACGGAGCAAAGACGACUCGUACCGUUGAAGCCGCGACAAUUGUCCAAAACGCCGGAGCUCCGAUCGACGGCGUCGGCUUCCAAGGCCAUCUUAUCGUCGGUAGCACUCCCGGCCGCUCUGCCCUUGCGACUGCCCUCCGCCGCUUCACCGCUCUCGGCCUCGAGGUCGCCUACACGGAGCUCGACAUCCGUCACUCCAGCGUGCCCGCAUCUGCUUCGGCCCUUGUGACACAGGGUAACGACUAUGCCAAUGUCGUGGGCUCCUGCCUCGAUGUCGACGGAUGCGUCGGUGUCACCAUCUGGGGCUUCACCGAUAAAUACAGCUGGAUCCCUGAGACUUUCAGCGGCCAGGGUGAAGCCCUCCUCUGGGACGCCAACUUCAACAAGAAGCCCGCUUACACCUCCGUUUCUUCGGUUCUUGCUGCCGCUGCUACCGGUACCCAACCCCCGGUCACUACGACCCGCACUUCCACCCUUGUCACGUCGACAACUCGGGCUCCUGCCACCACCACGUCUGCCAGCUCCGGCGCGGAGCAGACCCGUUGGGGCCAGUGCGGAGGAGCUAGUUGGACCGGUCCCACCCGGUGUGCGAGCCCGUGGACUUGCACUUUCGUCAACACCUGGUACUCUCAGUGCUUGUAA